GCCCAGAGCGCUCUCCCCGGGAGCGAGCUGGCGUCUCCCUCUUCCCAGGCGUCGGUGGAGCUGUGUGUGCGGACAUGGCGGCGUUGGUGGUUUUCUCCUCUCCGCUGCCGCGUCUUCGCGCUCUCCUCCAGCGGUGCUGGGGGCGGCUGGAGCGCGGGCUCCUGCCGGCCUUCUCCGGGCCUCAGAGCGUGCCCUGGGGGCCAGCACUAGCUGUCCAAGUCCCAGGCUUUCUUCGUGAGCCAGUAGAAGGCACUAGUCAAAGUAACGAGGUGCCAAGCUUCUUAGAUAGCAUUUUGUGGAUGGCUGCUCCCAAGAAAAGACGAACCAUUGAAGUGAACCGCUGCAGGCGAAGAAAUCCCAGUAAGCUUAUAAAAAUAAAGAGAAACAUAGAUAUUUGCCCUGAAUGUGGACACUUGAAACAGAAGCAUGUCCUCUGUGGCUAUUGUUACGCAAAAGUUAAAGCAGAAACUCGACAGAUACGGCUUGAAAUACAUAAGAAGGAAGGAGGACCAUUUAAUGCUCCUACUGUAGAAACUGUAGUCCUUUAUGAUGGAGAACAGCCCACAGAAAAAGAUGAAGGCAAGCGGAUCAUUGAAAGAGCCAGGAAACGUCCAUCCUGGUUUAUUCAAAAUUGAUGUUAUAGAACUAAUGUAAACAAAAACAGUUGCUACAGCAAGAAAGAUGGUGCUUUUCAGGACUGUUUUCCUUGUUGUAUUCGCUUAAUGCUGAUAUGAACUUAACAAAUUUUGGGAAGUCUACUUGAAACAUAUUUCAUUUUGUACUGGAUUGCAGUCAUGUAUUGUUUCCAUGGCAUGCAGUGAUGAAUGCCUCUCAGUGAUACGUAGCAGUCACGAUUAAAGAGAAAUCAGGAUCUACCUGGAGUUUGGAUAUUUGCUUACUCUAUGCAGAAUAAGAUAUCUGUUAAUGUUGUAUGCUGUUUUUGUAAAUAAUGGUUUUUUAACAGGGAUAAAACAUUCACAUAUAUAAAGUGUAUAAAGAUUCAGAGGGAGAUCUGUUUUUUUGGCUGCUGACCAAUGGUGAUUAGAUACAAAGUAUGUUUAUAGGAAAAGAUGCAGUUAUCUGGUAGUUUCCAUGGCCUGGAUCUCUCCACAGUGUUCCUGUUUGAGAUAUUCCUGGUUUUGAGCAUAACAGUGUUUGCCGCAUUGGUUGCUCUUUCCUCUGAUGUUUCUUUUUAAUGGAUGGUGUGUUAAGCACUUCUUUUUGCUGUCUGUGUAUAAAACAGAUUUUUACCUCAAAA